AUGAAAGCCCUUCUCGUUUCUUUGCUUUUUGGGAUUUCUCUUUGCUUUGAAGAUGACGUGAAUUGUGAGAGGAGUCAAGCAAGUUCUCCGGUGGAAUGCCUUGAAAAAUUCUCGAAAGAAAUCGCGGGAGAGGCAUUGGAUGAGCAACUCACGAAAGCUGAAAGGACAUGUCUCUAUUAUCCUGAGGCCACGAAAAGUUGUCCCUGUUCAAAGAGAUUUGUGAUGGAUUGGCUUCUUAUUCACUGUGAAGGGCCUCGUCCGAACCAAAAAUACAAUCACCUUAUGCAACUCGAGGAGAAAGUCGGAAAUUUGAGAAAAGUUGAACGAGAUUGCUUCAUGGAGGCACAAAUUGACGACUCGGUGGAGCUGGAUUUGGAGACAAGAUGCAACGUCUUCUUGAAAGGGAUGAGUUGUGUAGCCGAGCAUUUGGAUGCCGCGGCAAAGGAAAUGUGGAGUUCGGAGGAGGGAAACAUUCCCGAUCAACAAUUUUUCAAGGCUGGAUACGCGCUGCAGGCGAAAUACAUCACUCACGAUUGCUCGACAACAAUUUUCGCCACUUUCAAGCAAGAGUUCAUCAAUGAGCGCUUUGUUUAU